AUGGACGACAACAGUUCUCCCGAUUACAAAAGUCUCUAUUUACAAGAGAAGGAGAGACGUACGCAAGAGGAGGAGAGACGAGAACAAGCCGAAGCGCGACAGAAACAAGCCGAAGCGCGACAGAAACAAGCCGAAGAUGAAGCUGGGAAGGAGAAAGAGCGUAACCGAUCGUUAACCUUCAUGGAACUAAUACGCCAUGGCCAUAACCUACUCUCAAGACCGCUUAAAGUCAGAACACCUUCUCGCUCGACUACAGGGACAAUACCCCCUCCUACCGGAAAGUACUGCCCGGUGCGACUAGAACCAUGGACACAUUGCCCAUGUCAACAGCAAGAAAUUUACGAUGCUGUAUGCAAAUACCUCCAGCCAGCCGAGGAAGCCCCAUCCCAGUUACCUACGUCCUUAAUCGCCCUUCAAGCCGAUGCUAGACGAUUUUGCCUUGACCCAAUGCACAGUGAACAGAGUGUUGAGAGCUACGAGCGAAUCGCAGUAGAAGGCCAUGUCCGUGAUAUAGUCGCGGAACUGUGCAAAAUCGAUGCUGCCCGCGAGGAGUUUAGCCUUGGUGAUGGAAUCUGGUUCGACAAUCACAAGAACUCUCUCGAUCGUGAUGAAACAGAAGCGAAUAUACAUCAACAGUCAAGCGUGCACAAUCCAAAGCCUGAUCAGUUCUGUAUCCAUCGGGUUGAUGGGAAUACCACUACCCUCCUUACGACAGUUGAAUACAAGCCACAUCACAAGCUUCCCACUAAAGCCUUUCGUAUAGGGCUUCGACCAAUGGAAUUAUGGAGGGAACUGGUUAAUUCAAACAAAGUACCCCAUGAAGAAGCAAGCAAAAUGAAGUACAACAUUGAAAAACUUGUCUGCUUCGCUCUUGUCCAGGAGUAUCAUGCGAUGAUCCAGGAAGGACUUCAGUAUUCUUGGGUAACAAAUGGGAUUUCCCGUGUCCUUCUUCAUAUUCCUUACGACAAACCUGGUACAUUACAAUACUUUUUCUGUGACCCAAACCAAGAACUAGAGGGCGAAAUUCAACAAAAUCUUCAAGAGCCGAAAACAUCAAUCGCACGUAUCCUUUGUCUAUGCCUAAUGGCAUUUCGUGCACCUCUACGUGACCAUGAAUGGAGAAAUAACGCACGCUCUCAGAUCCCUCUCUGGACAAGCAGUUUUGACCAUAUUCGCCCUCAGAUUCCUCAACUAGAACUACAGCAAAACUCUGAUAGCUCUGAUUAUGCCAGCCCGGAAUCAACUGUGGAUCCAAGUCUUGAUUAUCAAGCAUCUUCUUCUCCCAUAGAAUCUCCAACAACACAAGGUCGCCGAGCCACAAGAUCUCAAGCUGGCUGUGCACUCCCAACUAUACAGCACCGCUCACAAUCACCAGGCUCUUCAGACUCUGAGUCAAAUCAAGCCCCUAGGCGUAAACGGGGCUUUAGUGAAGUUAGAUCUUCGCCAUCUACUCAACCAACGGCACGCAAAUAUAACCAGGGAAGCCAGAACCAGGGAUACCAGUCCCAAUACCGUGACGCCCAAUAUUGCACACAGAGAUGUUUACUUGGGCUACAGAAUGGUAACAUUCUAGACGAGUCUUGUCCAAAUGUGAUACUUCAUCGCCAGGGUACACAUAACCUCAAACAUCAUAUCACAGCAGACAGAUUAAUACGUUCAUUGAAAGCACAACUGGAUGAGAAUAUUGAUCGUUGUAUAUCGCUUGGAACUUGCGGCCAGUCUGGAGCGCCAUUCAAACUGACCUGCGCCAUAUAUGGCUACACCGUCAUUGGGAAGGGAACCACGUCGUGCCUAUGGAGGGAAGUCUCCCGCGAAGCACAGGCUUACCGAAUCUUGCAGAAGGCUCAAGCAUCUGCUGUACCUGUCUUCCUCGGUACAAUCGAUCUAGCGAAAAUUUACUUUCUUCAUGGGGCUGGAGACAUUCGCCACAUGCUUGUUAUGGCCUGGGGAGGCGAAAGUUUAGCAACGAUGGGACUGAAGCCAUGGCUUCUUAAAGAGAUUCGUAAAUCGGAGAAUGAGAUCAAAGCUUUGGGGAUUAUCCAUGAGGACCUCUGGUGUGACACUGAUAAGGGCCUUCGGUCUGGCAAUGUUCUCUGGAACGAAGAACUUGGGCGGGCGCUGAUCAUUGACUUUCAUCACUGUACAUUAAAACGUCAGCCAACUCAAAAAAGAGUACAGCUGGCGAAGAGGCGGCUUUAUCAGACAGGGUUGGGAUAUUCCAAGCGUUUACGGGCUUUGUGA